AUGCCCAGCACUGCCUUGUCCACUGAGCACUCCAACUUUGGGAGCUCAGUCUCUUGGGGCCCUCCGCGGGCUGCAGCACCUGGAGGUAAGUAUCGGCUAUGCUGGUGCGCAGCCCCGUCCAAGUGCAGUUCCCCUACAGAAUAUGUGGUUAACAGCGGUGAGCUGCGCAUGAUCGGUCCGAAUCUGUAUCAGCUGCGGCAAUGCUAUCCUGGUGGUGUGUGCAGCUCGGACAACUUCGUUGCCUAUGGGCUUCAGGGUAGUCCGAAAUUGUCUUGGAACUUUGUGGGCUGGGAUCCGGAGUAUCUGGCUUUCCAAAUGGCCGACAGCGCCGGAGCUCGCGACGAGGCAAAGGAGCUGUCAACAUGUCGCCGGGAGCUUCUCGCAGCCCAGCUGCGGCUGCAGGACCUGGAAGUUCACGUAGCCGAGUCAAAGUACAUAUACGUCAUGAUGAUGAUUAUCAUAUGUUAUCAUGAUUGGUGCUACCUCUCAACUUGUCGGGAGCCCUCUGGCAGGCAGCAGGGCUCCUGUCAGUUUGCUUUGCCUCGCAUGGUGCCCUGGACCACGCCUGCCACCCGCAAAGCCAUUUGUGCUUCGACUCAGCAUUUCCUUGGGCUGCCAACGCCCAUCCGAGCCCAUCCGAGCAUGCCGGCAAUGGAGGAUGUGCAGCUGGAGGAGAAGGUCCAGGCCGUGGAGGAGGGCGAGGAGGAGGAGGAGGACAUCAAGGAUCCCUGGGCCAAGAUGACUUUCGGAGACCAAGAGCGGCAGGAGCGUUUGAAAGCUGUUGAUGCCGUGGUUGCGAAGAAGCUGAAUGAGGUCGUAGACCCCGAUGGUGUCUGGAAAUCUCUCCAGAAGACUUUGCUCGAGGCCGAAAAGGGGGAGACCGAGGUGCUCAGCCUCGAGUGUGUGGCCUUCGAGGGUAUGCCUCAGUGGGACAAGUCGAUUGAUCUCACCUGGGGCAAAGGGAUGCUGCUGCUGAGCCAGUUCAACGAUACCAAGAAGCAGCGCCUGCAUUUCAUCAUGCAGGAGAGCAUGGCAAGGUUCAUGGGCGUUGAAGAAAGCUCCGCGGCAACAUCCAAGAGCAUGCUGGCCUCCAGUGGAGUCUUCUCCGCGAAAGGCUCAUACACAGCCUCACGUGGGCUCCGCUACCUGAGCAUUCCCCUGGACGUUGAAGCCCACAUCUUCGGGGUCAGCGCUGAGAUGGCCGAUGUCGCCACGUUGUGGAGCCGCUUUGGAGGGGGCGGUGGCUGGAACUGGUCGUGCUGUGCUUGGCUCCGAUGCUGCAAACUCAGGUGCUGCAAGUGCCGCUGCAAGUGCCCGGGGAUCAAGAUCCCCGAUCCCAAAAGGACGGAUGUGCAGGAGACAGAUGUGUGGCAAGGCGGCAUGGAGCAGCGCCCGCGAUUCACCGAGACCCUCUCGACAGUCACCAAAGAGCAGGUCGACAUUUCCUAUAAGUUCUCAGGCAGGGAAAACAAGGGCAAGGAGACUCGGGAGAUGAGCGUGAGCCAGAUGCGUACGAUCAAGAUCGUUUACCAGCUUCCUGCCCAGAAGCCGCGGCUUUGCACGGCAUGGCUGGAGCCUUCACAAGAUGUGAAGUCUGGUCUCAAGUUCGUACACAACAUACGUGUGAGCUCCACUAAGACCACUGACAACGAGGGGCCUCCAUUGAGUUCUCCUGGCUGCCUUUCUGGUUGA